GUUUUUUAUUUUAUUUUAUUUUAGCAAUCUAUAGACAAGUUCUCAACAUUGCACAUCUACUAUGCAAAACGUACGCUGUAAAUGUUAUGUUCAAGCUAUUACCACACCUGCCUAAUUUUCUUUUGCAAAUAAUUCCAUGCGAUUCAAUGCAACAGACGAGGGCAGUUAAACCUGAUGGUGUGCUGCCCGUGAGAGCGCCUCAAUUAGAUGGAUUUAGUGGCUGUCACGUGGGUCACAUGUUUGUCAUGAAAAAUGACAGGGCUAAAUGGGUCUUGUCCCCCAGUCCAGAGAGUCAAUAGAUCACAGCAACUAAAAGUCCCGUCAGCCUGGACGUUCUGAAGGCUGGAGAUAUUUACUGGCCUGUUGUUUCUGCUAAUGCAGCACCGGUAACUGUCACGCGGUUACCCUUUAUUCCCGACAGCAAUGCUUGAUGCAGAUUAAUGAAGCUAAAUUAUUGUACAAACAGUAGUGCUUUAAAUUCAUUUUAACAAUAAAUGUGUAAAAAGGUGCAGUCGAAGUGGUACUUCAAUACCAUUUAUUAUAGAUAAUUGUGUUUGCAACAUAAUACAGAAAGCUUUUAGAAAUUAAUUUAGAUUUUGCAGUGCUCAUAUCCUAACACAUGACUUCCUGUGGUCACAUCAGGGUCUCGCUGGAAGUCCAUGACGAACCAAGAGAAACAGCCCUACUAUGAGGAGCAGGCCCGCCUCAGCAAGAUCCACCUGGAGAAAUACCCCAACUACAAGUACAAGCCGCGGCCCAAGCGCACCUGCAUCAUCGACGGCAAGAAGCUGCGCAUCGGCGAGUACAAGCAGAUGAUGAGGUCGAGGAGGCAGGAGAUGAGGCAGUUCUUCACUGUGGGGCAGCAGCCACAGACGCAGAUCCCCAUCACCACCAGUGCAGGUGUCGUCUACCCUGGUGCCAUAACCAUGGCGACCACCACGCCCUCCCCUCACAUGACGUCGGACUGCUCCAGCGCCUCAGCCAGCCCCGAACCCACCAUCCCUGUCAUCCAGAGCACCUUCAACAUGAAGAUGGAACCCGGCACCAUGAUGCCCAACGACCCAACGGUGAACGGCGAGGAUGAGAUGGACAUGUACGACGACUUUGAGGACGAGCCCAAAUCGGACUACAGUAGCGAGAAUGACACACAGGAGCCCGUCAGUGCCAACUGAGCUUAAGAUUUUUCCAGCGAAGAAAUCCCCCUAACAAUAGAGGGAAUACUGAAGUAGAAGAAAAAAAUAACGAACAAAUAGAAAAAAAAACUUUUUUCUGAUGAUAUACUUUGGAGAGCCAGCAUGCAGAUGUGGCUCCCGCAGAUUUAACAGCUAUUGGUCUUAAGUGUUUCUCCGAGCGUGAAACAAUUUGAUUGUGUUUUAUUUUGGCUUUUUUAUUGUUAUUUUAUUGAUUUUGUUUUAAUCAUGAACAAUUUAGGGUAUUUACUACAACAUUUUGAAUAAUAGGACUUGACGAUUGAAACAUUUCAUAUGAAUGCAUAGCUCACAGUCUUACCUUAAUUCAUAUGGAUUUACACAUGUUUUUGUUUUCGUUUUAAAGCGUACAUUACUGUUUUCGAUGGGGUUCUAUAUCUCACUCAGGUAUGCUGUACCAGCCAACAGCUUGUGAAUGUUUUUAAUCAGAACUAUAUUUAAAAUGAUCAAGACAACAAAACUUCAUUUGACAUUUCAUAAUGCGACAAAACUGAAGAAGUCCUUACAUACAGGGAAAGCUUAAAACCCCUAUUAUUAUUAUUAUUAUUAUUAUAAUUGUUGUUAUAUUAUUAUGAUUGAUGUUUUAAAAAUCCAAAUGUGCCAAACAUAUCAUAAGCUUCCUGCUCUUAAAUCUUAAAAAAUGUAAAGUCUUAAGGGGGAGACCGAACGAGUCUUAGACAAUCCUUGCAAUGUCCUAAAACCUAAAAAGCCCACAAUUCUUGUCCUCUCCAUUGACUACCAUGUUAAAAUGCUCAGGAACUAGGAGUGUCGUAGUUCUCCAGGAGGUUUAAUGCAGUGAUCGUCUGACCGUCGUCCUCUCCCAUCGCUCUAGUUCAGUCUUACCCGCUCUAGCCGUUCUUAAUCACAGUGAUUGUAAUCAGGCCAGAAUGCCAAGGGGCCAAAUGGCAUCCAAUCUGCUGAUUUGGACAGGCAGCAAAAGGCAGCUUUGGUGCAUUACAAUCACAAAUUGCUGUUGUACAAUAUGCACACGCACAUUUUGCUAAACUCUUUAGCCCUGUUUUCGGGGGCGGAAAGUCUUUUAUUUACGCUUAAGUCUUUUGUAAAUCUUUACUGACAGAAGAUAGUCUUAAAGCAGAGCAUGACCUUUUGGGAGCCUGCAAUGUGUUCAUUAUUAAGUCUUAAGAGAACACCCAGUUUAUCUGGAUUGUUUUGGCCAGUUUUUCAAAGGCUUGGUUAAGAAGAACAAAAUUACUAAAACGCUACUAAUAGCACUUAUUUUGCAAUUUUGUCUUCCAAAAGAUGAGUAGAUAAAUGCUACUUGUGUAUAUAAAGGAAGCUUUGAUUUCAGAUAUGUACUGUAAACUGAAUUCUUCUUGUAGAGCACUUGGAACAAAUAGGCGCAACAGUCAUAAAAAAGCUAAAUUUGUAUUAAAAUGGGUAACCCCCCCCCAAAAAAAAUUAUUCGGUAGCACCAGCAGUAGAACAGAUCUCAGGUUGUUACUGUUUGGAAGGACAGCCAAGACUCGGCUAGCGGUCAGGGCCUCUCGUUUUACGCUUUGGCCCUUCCGAAAGCUCCUACGUGUGCCGUUCACCUCCAUUCACCUGACCUCUGCCCAACGCACACCCUGCCUCAAGGGGCUGCCAUCUGGCUCCCAGCAUUGGCCCAUACCCUGGAGAAGGUACCAAACAAUGGAGACGGGGCCCAUGUGGUUUAUUGUGCGCGCUCUCUCUCCAUCAAAGUGCGCGGGGAAGGCCGCGGCCAGAAGCAGCCACGAGGUGCUCGCGAGCAGAUGGAACAAGUAGAUCAAGCUGUGGGGGAUUAUUAAAAUGACUGACGAGUCUGUAUCAUCUGAAAUACGGCAUUAUUAAUGCAUGAGUCCCGCUAUUUUGCCUUCGCCCUUGAACUUGUCCGUUUCAUCCGUAACCCGGAGAUUAGAAUAGACAAGAAAUGUCACAGUGAGGCUGCUGGUCACUGCAUUACCUCCAAAGGUACCGAUGGCUAUCCAGCGCUUAUAUUAUCUCCAAGCAGUCGAAGCAUUACUUCUUCUAUUUAACGCCCCUCUUUGAAAAGCAUUUACUUAAAUGGUAGAAGUUUCGAGCACUUCUGUAGAAGCUUGUGUUUGUACCUUUAUCAAAUUUUGUUUGUUUUGUUUUAGUUUGUUGUGAUUUUUACACAAGGUACAUGACUGACAUCCGUGUUCAGUUUCUUCUUCCCUGCGUUUAUUGUUUAAAGCUGUUAUAUCUGUUUGCUGGUGGAUUUGUACGUGAUUUGUACAUAUUUCCUUGACCAUGUCAAGCCAGUUCUGUCGGCUGGUGGUAGACAUAAGAACUGUUGUUGAGACUGAAACUUGAUUGCGCUUGUAUAGAUGAUACAAAAAAAGAAAGAAACGAAACGAAACGACAAGAAAAAGAGACAAUUUCAAUCUCACACGGGGAGACGAUGAUUCAAAAGUGUUACAAGCACUGGAUAUAAAUGGUAUUUUUAUCAAUUCUGACUAAUGUGAAGCUGUUGUGCGAGAAAAACGGAAAAACCUUCGCGAACAAGUCACCUGUUUGGACUCAUGUGAGCACGCCUCAGAGUUGCCAGAUUUGAGUCAUUUUUCUCUCGACAUAUUUUUGUUUAUUUAUGCAAUGACACGUGAUGAAUGAACACUUUGUUUAAGCUCCAGUGCUGCCUAGGGGAGACAGAGCAGCGUACCCGACGGAGAGGCUCGCAUACUGAGACACACCGGACUUCAGUAGCACAUUUUAAUGGUCAUGUAUGUUUGUGUUGUAUAUUGUAUUUGAAGCUCUCUAGUGCGUAUAGACAUUUUAUUGUAUUUAUUAGCCAUUAUUGGCUCUAAAAGUGUCAGUAGAACAUAAUUAAAGGACAAUCAGAGAACAAGAAUAAAAACGACGACAUUUGGAUUGGAGCUCAAAACAAAGUUUCUUUUAUUAUUAUUAUUAUUAUUAUUAUUAAUUUUUUUUUUUUUAACAAAUCCUCCAUCUCAUUACAGAUUUUUUUUCUUUGCAUUGUAAAUAUAACAUAGGAAAAUAGAAUUCUAUUUUUGUUCAUGGAUACUUACUGAAGUAUAAAUUAUGUAUUUACUUUUUUCUUUUUGUGUGUGUCUGUGUAUGUUGUUGGUCAUUGUACUUAGAAAAAAAUACGAAAUCACAAACUGACAAUUCACUGUACCUCACGUUGUUGCUGAACUCACAUCCCUAUUGAUUGAGUAUAGUAGUGGAGACGCAGCUGAGACACCUGGGCAUCAUCUGACUCUGAUGUGUUUCAAUGACGAACCUCGCACUCCAGCCGUUGCAUUUUGUCUUUAUUCUUUGUUCUCAAUCUGUUCUGUAGCAAAGGACAAAUCUUGAUAUUCUUGUACGUUUUAAAUGCUGAAGUUUUAAUAAUUGGUAACGUGCCAAAUUUGGAUAAUUAUGGGGCAUCCGUUGUGACAUAUCAUACGGCAUCAUUUAAACAGAUGUAAACACGAGUAUCCCGGUGCUGAAUGGGAAAUGGGGAUCUGCUUAUAUUUAUUUGAUUUUAUUCUGCACAAUGCAGACCCACUCUGUGCAUUGAGGUUUCCAUACAGUAUUUUGCUCUGUGUUGCUUCAUAGUGUUUAAUAGAAGAUUUGCAUUUCAUCCAUCAGCUACUUAUAUUCGUUUUCUUUUAUAAUGCAUAACUGUCACUGCCAUAUUAAUUCAAAGUAGGUACAAAAACUGAGGCUUGGGUGUUUCUACUUAUCUUACUGUAAUGCUUUUUUGCUAUGGACUUUUGUGAUGUAUAUUGUGGGAUAGUUUUGUUAAUUUAAUCAGCACAAUUCACUGACAUGCUGGACUGACGCGCUAGCUGCUGUUCAGAUGAGUAAAAUUUUCGCCGACAGAGACAACAUGCUGUUGUCAAUGGUAUUUUGCUUUUAGAUUUGUGUAGUCUCUCAAGCAACACUGUGUGUGGCUUCUCUGUCGCUAGGUGCGCUCUUAUUUUGAAUCCCGCUAGCAGCCUGAUAACACUUUUUCAUUAAUUUUGUCUUUUUUGUGUGUGUGUGGAAGUGUGUGUGUGUGUGUGUGUGUGUGUGUGUAGAGAGAGAGAGAGAGAGAGCGGUUUCUCAGCAGGUACAUAGACCCAUGGCAGGUAUUAUUGUUUGGGCGUUAGAGAUAUAGAAUAGUAUCUGUUGCUGCUUUUGAAAAAAGUUUUAAAUCUAAAAUGUAAAUAGUUUAUCAUAAUAUCUUGUACAGUCCAGUGUAAAGUUUUUAAUUGAUCUUAAAAAGGUUGCCAUCACAUUUGUGUUCACAUUCUUCUUUAUACAGUACAGAAGACAGGUAUUUGCUAAGGAUAUUGUUGUUUUAAAAAAAGGUACUAAAAAUAUUUUUGCUCGGCUUUAGUAUGUAAACCAGCAAGUCAUUGGUUUCCAUGUGCAGUAUUGACGUGAGGUAAAUUUAAUUAAUGCUACGUUGUAUGUUCAGAGAUCAGUCUUCUCUGUUAUGGUAGUAUUAUUAUGAUCAAAUAAAAGAAAUCGCCACAUUUCGGUGUGUUUAGACACCUUAGUGGCUUGUACAAAUAUUUAGGUUGUUCUCCCCACAAGCAGCGUUUGGCAUAUUGUAAUGUAACACCAUAUUCUCAAUUCACUGAUGUACGAUGGCAGGUGAGGGUGUUCCUGCCUGUUUGCUUAUUUACCUCAAGAGUUCCUCUUUUUCCUCAAAAGAUAGAGUACACGUGCAUAUGAAAAACUCGUCUCACCAUCACUCCAUCUUUUGUACUGCUGUUGACACUUACAAAUUAAAGAGAUUUUGUUUUA